UACUCAUAAAUCAUAAUACAGAUACAGAUACAGUUCAUCACACGUUCAAAAAAAUCAUAUUUCACUCAUAGAUAGAUGUUCAGUUCAACUACGUACAUUUUACAUUUCCAGCAACCUUUUUUUUAGACACAUUCUGAUACUGAGACUAUACACCUCUGUUCUCUCUCUCUCUCUUUGCUACUAUGGACUCAAAAGCUCGUCUUGAUUAUGCUCUCUUCCAACUCACUCCAACUAGAACCAGAUGUGAUCUGGUGGUAUUUUCUGGUGGCAUUUCUGAGAAACUAGCUUCUGGGUUAUUUGAACCUUUCAUUUCUCACCUCAAAUCUGCAAAAGAUGAGAUUUUCAAGGGUGGGUAUUCAAUUAAGCUUCGUCCGCCCAACCAUGGUGCACCCUGGUUCACCAAAGCUACAUUUCAGAGAUUUGUGCGCUUUGUUAGCACGCCAGCAGUUCUUGAGAGGUUUGUCAGCAUAGAAAAAGAGAUCUUGCAGAUUGAGAGUUCAGUUCAAGUUAAUGAAUCCAACAUCAUCCGUGCAUCUAGGCAAUCAGUGGAAGGAAGUUUUUCAGCUGCUAAUGGUAGCACAAAGAAGUCAGCUGAUUCAUCUAAGAUAAAAUGUGAACUAGGAGGCAUGGAUGAUGGUGCAAAAGAAGAAAACUCCAAGGUUCACCUCCAACGUCUUUUGGAUACCCGGAAAACGUUGCUCCGGAAAGAACAGGCAAUGGCUUAUGCACGUGGUAUUGUUGCUGGAUUUGAAAUGGACAAUGUAGAUGACCUCAUUUCCUUUGCAGAUGCCUUUGGAGCUUUGCGUUUAAGGGAAGCAUGCGUUAAUUUCAAAGAAUUAUGCAAGAAAAAGCAUGCGGAUGGUCUUUGGAUGGAGGAAUUAGCAGCCAUGAAGGCAUGCUCCCCAUCAGAACUUUCAUUUAUGGGAACAUCCGCAAUUGUACUUACAAAUGAAAUAAGUGCCCAUUAUCAGAGAACCACCUCAGAUUCAUCUAAAGAUGAUGCCUCUACCUGUAAUCUUUUGGCAAAUGGGUUUAUGGAUACACCAAAAUCUCGCUCGUCUACAAGUCAUGCAUGUUUAGACAGCAAAAGAGAUAAUAACGCAUCAGAUCAGACACCAUCAACUACGGCGAAAGUUCAAUUUCCUAUGCCAUGGCAAAACCAGAUUCCUCAGUAUAUGUACAACUUUCAAAUCCCUAUCCAACAAAUACCUCCGUAUCAAAGACAUCCUUUCCCUCUUAUCCAGUCUGUUCCUCCUCACUAUCCAAAGAAUAUGCAAUGGCCUCCUAAUAUGGAUAAAUCUAGUAAUGGUCUAGUUCGACAACCCAAUUACAGGAAUAAUAAGACAACUUCAGCAGGGAGGAAACCCAAUAAAAACGAACCUGAAUAUUCAGGAGACGGAGGUACAGAAUCCAGUGACUCUGAUUCUGGGAGUUAUUCACAUUUAUACUUACAGCGAGACAGACAACAUUCUUCAAGGGAGCAUCCAAAAAUAAAAACGCAUAGGAAGAAAUCCUCUAGAACAGUUGUCAUUCCUAAUAUCAACUAUAUCAGUCCUAAGGGGAGAGAUGGGAAGAAGGGCAGUGUCUCUGAUGAAUCUACUCCAGAUGAGGAGUUAAUUAAUGGAGAGAAUGGAGUUAGAUCACUAGAGAAGUUUCAUGAGCCUAACUCAUGUGAUUACAAGAAAAUAGGUUUAGAUAAGGGCGGCUACAAUUUGAACCAGACAAAUAAUUCUACCAACAAAGAUAAUGAGCUGAACAUUAGAGAAGUAGGGAAGCUUCAGCCCAUAAAUGUUCAGGAUGAACAUUUUAGACUCAGAAGCUCUGAAGGUGAAACUUCAUUCACAGCCAGACCUGCUGAGGGAAUGGAGUUGGAGAAAGCUCCAAAGAGACUGAUGGCUGCAGCCGAUUCCUUAGUUGUAACUGAGAGGAUGGGUGGAAAUGAUGCUAGAGCCGAGUUGGAAGACUUUGAAAAUGGAGAGAAUUCCCAACCUUUUAUGAAUAGGAGGGAUUGUGCAAAUGAGGAACUACUGUUUUCACAGAGAAUUGAAGAAUCAAGAACUUAUUUUGGGAAUACUUUAUCUACUUGUUCCGCUGAAUCGACUAUAAUUAAAAUUGGGAGAAUGGAAGAUUUGUUCACUGUCAAUCACUCUGGAAUGUCAGAAAACCAAGAUUUAAGCAUCAAGAAAACAUUCCUUGAUGGUGUUAGCAUUUUAUCAUUAGAGGGUGAUUUCUCUCACACUAAGAAAAGUAUAAUAGGGAAACCUAUUGAUGAUUCAUUCAUGAUAGAGACCCGACCAGCAGUUGAUCAUUAUGAUUCUCAGUGGAAAACAGACAUAAGCAUGGAGACUGAUAUAACUUUGUCUGCCUUCUCGGAAAAUGGCACUUCAGAUAUUUCACAUGUUAAGCAUGAAAUAUCUAAUACCAAUGAGCCAGAUGAUCUUUGUGUAGUGCUUGAACGAGAUUCUAGAUUGGAGUCUGCUGAGGUUUCUUGGACUAUGGACUAUGGAAUCAACAUCUCAUUUACAGAAGCUAAUAGAAGAGGUUCUGUUGUUGAAGCAAGUGAUCAUUUGGAUAAGGCCCUUCAUCCAAAUUGUAAAAGCUCCAAUUCCAAUAGCAAGGAAACAACUGAAAGUAAAAAUCCUGGUAAAGAAGCAAGGUCAAAAGCUUUGCGUGGAUCUCUUGGGAUGAGUAAAUCUGAGAUCGUGCCCAAGAGCAAGAAACCAUUUUCUGUGAGCAGGCUGAUUGUUCAAAAGAGCAAAUUGGAGAAGGAAGAAGAAAUUCGGAAGAAGAUGGAAGAACAGUUGAUUCAACGCCAAAAAAGAAUUGCUGAAAGAACUGCAGCCAGUGGUUUUUCUCCCUCAACAUCCAAGAAAGCUCCAUCCAAAAGUAAAGGAGUAAAAGGUUCCUUCAAGAGCGACAAGAACAACAUUCAUUCCACAACUCAUGAGACAAACAGAAUAGGUCCCAUCAAAGUCACGGCAAGUUAACAAAUGCAAGCUUGGACAUGAAUUUUGUUGUGGAGACGUAGAAACCCCUCUUAAAUAUGAUAAAGCCUUACUUGGUGCCUCUUUGAAAUUUGAACCAAUGGUAUAUAUUGUUGGACUACACCAUCAAUGUGAUGGAAAAGAGCUAAUUUACUAUUGAGAUGGACCAGCCAAGAAAACCAUUACCCAGCUGCAACAGGAUGCAAGGUUGCUUAUAUAUAUAUUUUUUGUUGUGCCUUACUCCCAAUGAUGAUACUAUUCUUAGUCUUAGUUCAUGAUAUUUGUAUAUUACAUACUAUUCUUUCCACUUAUUGUUGAUUCAACUGCUGCAGCCGAAUUUGGCUUGUACCUACUGGAUUCUUAAAACUUACAAUUUAUAUGUACAUGUUACUUCUUGUGUUAUAAAUAUACGUCACUUCUUCAAUUUUA